CUUUCGAACAAUUAACAGUAUAAAAUUAUCAUUAACUGUUUGAUUGCCGAACAAUUUAAUGUUUUAAAGCGGGACUGUAUGCCAAUAUUUGGUAAGAAUAUCUUCUCCGUUUGGAAAAGAUGAGUUCCAGUAACUGCAAAUCUAAGAUGCCUCACGCCCUUCUCAUUCCUAUUCCUGCACAGGGUCACAUAAACCCCAUGAUGCACCUCGCUUGGAAGCUCAUCUCUGAUGGAUUCCUCAUCACUUUCCUUAACACCGAAGCCAGUCAUGAGAGAAUGAUUAAAGCCAAGAAGAACAAAGACAUGCAUCAUAACAGCGAAAGGAUCAGGAUGAUUUCUGUUCCUGGAGGACUGCCGACAGAGGUAGUACGCGCGGAGAAUCAAGACCAUGGUGCCUCAGCUUUUUUUGCAGAUGUUGAAAAUACUCUUGGGCCUUCUGUAAUUGACAAACUCAUUCGGGAAAUAAACGAGAAAGAUGAAGACCAGAAAGUCACUUGCAUAAUAGCAGAUGUCUGGACGUGCUUUGGUCUGCACACAGUGGCCGAACUCCAUCAUAUUUCGCUUGCUGCUUUGCAUACGUCUCUUGUUUCCACCUUCGCCAUCCGCUUCUUCUGUCCCAAGCUCGUCUCCCUAGGGCUUCUUCCUUCCGAUGGUAUUCCAAAGGAGGAUACGAUUCAAAAGUAUCUUCCCUCUAUGCCGCCGCUACGGUCUGCUCAUCUGCCGUGGUUAUACGGGGGUGAGUACAUGUUUCGUCAUGGGAUUCGAAUGGGAAAAGAAUCGGCUAAGAUCAAAUGGAUCCUGUUCAACACGUUUUACGAGCUAGAACCUGGUGUAGCUGAUGAUUUGUCCAAAGAAGUGGGUGUUUAUCCCAUUGGUCCCUUGAUUUCUCCCGAGUUUCUGGACGACGACAGAACGAUAUCGACCAUGGCGACACCAAGCUUUUGGGAAGAUGACAUGGAAUGCUUGGAGUGGUUAGAAAAACAGGAUAAGCAAUCUGUGGUCUAUGUGGCUUUUGGGAGUGUGGCUAUUUGGAAUAACCGGCAAGUAGAAGAGAUUGCUCUGGGGCUGGAGGCUACCCAGAGACCAUUUCUGUGGGUUGUGCGCUCGGAUGGAAUGAAUGGGGUCGGUACUGUUUUACCUGCAGGAUUCUUAGAUCGGGUUAGAGACAGAGGUUUUAUAGUUUCUUGGGCUCCUCAGUUAGAGGUGUUAUCUCAUCCUUCCAUAGCUUGUUUCGUGAGCCACUGUGGAUGGAACUCUGUACAAGAGAGCAUCGCCAUGGGAGUUCCGAUGCUCUGCUGGCCUUACUUCGCUGAUCAGUUUCUGAACAGCACAUAUGUUGUAGAUGUGUGGAAGGUGGGGCUGCGUUUGGAAGCCAAUAAUGAUGGGUUAGUGGAGAAAGAGGAGAUUAGAGAAGUAAUUGAGAGAUUAGUUGCUACGAAAGAAGGCAGGCUAAUCAGAGAAGAAAUGAAAAAGUGGAGUAGCACGGCGAAGAAUACAGUGAAAGAAGGGGGGUCGUCUUCCACACACUAUAAGCUGUUUGUCAAUGCCAUGAUGAAGUAAGUCCAAUCAUUUUGGACUCUCCAGAUAAGAAUAUUCAAUUUUAUUGCUUGUUUUUAAUUAUUAUAUUUUUUUAAUGUAUUAAACUUUUAUGGAAAUUAUGUUUGGUUAAGGAAGACAAUGAUUAGCCAAUAAAGACAGAGCAAAAUAAUUGUGA